ACCAUUUGAAAACUUCUCCGCGCUCCGUUUAUACCGAUCAACCCGAUUAUCGCAGCCAGCAUGUCUUUUCGCGGAGGAGGUCGUGGUGGCUUUGCCACCGGUGCUAAUCGCGGCGGUUUCGCUUCCCGUGGUGGCCGCGGAGGCUUCCAGCCGUCGUUCGGCCCCCCUGCCCAGGUUCUAGAGAUGGGAUCGUUCAUGCACGCUACUGAGGGCGAGAUGGUUUGCGAAUCGAUCAACCCCAAGAUCCCCUACUUCAACGCCCCCAUCUACCUGGAGAACAAGACUCCCAUCGGAAAGGUCGAUGAGGUUCUCGGCCCUAUCAACCAGGUCUACUUCACCGUCAAGCCCCAGGAAGGAAUUGUCGCAACCUCUUUCAAGCCCGGUGACAAGGUCUACAUUGGUGGAGACAAGCUUCUUCCUUUGGAGAAAUUCCUGCCCAAGCCCAAGCCUCCUCCCGGUAGGAUAGCGAACACGCCCACACCCCUGUGCCAAAUAGAACGUUCAAUGCUGACAAUUCUAUCUAGGUGCCGCGAAGCCCAAGAGAGCCGGUGGUGCUGGCCGAGGUGGACCCAUGCGUGGUGGACGUGGCGGCGGACGCGGUGCUCCGCGCGGUCGUGGUGCCCCCGAGGCCGGGGUGGCUUCGGUGGCGGUGGUUUCUCCCGCGGUGGAGGAGGUGGUGGUUUCUCUCGCGGAGGUGGUGGUGGCUUCCGGGGUGGUGGCCGAGGACGUGGAGGCUUCCAACGUUAGACAGUCUCUGUCUUGCUUAGUACUGUCUUAUUACGGCGUUUUGGGAAAACGGGAGCUCUUGCAGGAACUUUUUUGUCUCGAUAUUCUUGUGCAUCCUAAAGGAAAAGAUAUGCCUGUCUGCAGAGGCUGUAGAAUAGAUCCAGCCAUUGAAUGGACUUCUUACGAGAAUCGAGUGUCUUGCCGAAC